AAUGACUAGAUGGAACCAAACUGUUGUCUCCCAGUUCCUCCUCCUGGGCCUACCCAUCCCAACAGAGCACCAGCACCUGUUCUAUGCCCUGUUCCUGGCAAUGUACCUCACCACUGUCCUGGGGAACCUCAUCAUCAUCAUCCUCAUUCUACUGGACUCCCAUCUCCACACACCCAUGUACUUGUUUCUCAGCAACUUGUCCUUCUCUGACCUCUGCUUCUCCUCUGUCACAAUGCCCAGAUUGCUGCAGAACAUGCAGAGCCAAGUCCCCUCCAUCCCCUAUGCAGGCUGCUUGGCACAAAUAUACUUCUUUCUGUUUUUUGGAGUCAUGGAGAGUUUCCUCCUUGUGGUCAUGGCCUAUGACCGCUAUGUGGCCAUCUGCUUCCCCCUUCAUUACAACAGUAUCAUGAGUGUUAAGCUCUGUGUGAGUCUGGUGUUGCUGUCCUGGGUGCUGACCACAUUCCAUGCCAUGCUGCACACCCUGCUCAUGGCCAGAGUUUCUUUCUGUGAGGACAACGUGAUACCCCACUAUUUCUGUGAUGUGUCUACUCUGCUGAAACUGGCUUGUUCUAACACUCAUGACAAUGAAUUGGCAAUAUUUAUCUUGGGAGGCCCGAUAGUUGUACUCCCUUUCCUUCUCAUCAUUGUUUCCUAUGCAAAAGUUGUUUCCUUCAUCUUCAAGGUCCCUUCUUCUCAAGGUAUCCGUAAAGCCUUUUCUACCUGUGGCUCCCACCUGUCUGUAGUGUCACUAUUUUAUGGGCCAAUCAUUGGUCUCUACUUAUGUCCUUCAGCUAAUAACUCUACUGUGAAGGGGACUGUCAUGUCUUUGAUGUACACAGUGGUGACUCCCAUGCUGAACCCCUUCAUCUACAGCCUGAGAAACAGAGACGUGAAGGGAGCAUUAGAAAGAGUAUGCAAAAAGCAAAUUCUCUCAUUUCUGUGAUGGUAACUCUUCAGAUUUUUAUAUAAUUUCUCUAGAAAAUAUUAAUAUUAACAUUAGAUGUUGCUACAGAAUUUUAUCUCAUUGUGGAUGCUUCUGUUUAGAGAUCUCACAACAUAACUUUCACUACACAAAUUACAGGGAGUUUAUAAAAGUAGUUGAAUUUGGGAAAUAAGUUUAGGAGAUCCGAU